CUCCUCUCCGUCUCACUCCUCAUCCUCUGCCCACUCGUCGAUAACCGAGCGCCAGCUGCAUUAGCUCGAAGAUCGCUCCCUCAGCCUCACCGGACCUCUGCCCCCCCUCUGCCGCAAAGCUCCUCGCCACGGCGCACUCCUCACUCAGCCUUGAGCUGCCUCUGCUCGCCAUGCUCGCGCCGACUGCGCUGCCCAGCGCCACGCUCCCCGACGUGCAGCAGCUGCUCACCGCCCUGCUCUCGCCGAGCGUCGCAUCCUCCGCCUCGGCCUCAGAGCUGCUCGCGCGUCUGGCACAGCAGACGCACGCCGCCCUGCUCGACCUGGCAGACGACGAGCGGCCCACGUCGUACGAGGGCCUGCUGGACGUGGCGCGCUUCUGCGUCGAGGAGGAGCCGGCGUGGGAGGAGAAGGAGCAGGGAGAGCUGUGUGAGGCGUGCAAGGAGGACUCGAUUGACUCAUUGUGGGACGCCGCAACGGCACGGACAGCGAGCGUGACGGCCGAUGCAGCAUCAAGCGCCGCGCCCGCUGCUGCACCACAAGCAGAGUCAUCAGCAGCCACCACCUCCAAGGGCAGUACACCUCUCGAGCCCGCCGACGAGGCCUUCGACCAGCCCUUCUUGGCGCUCUCGGUGUUCACCAAGCUCGUGCAGUCCUCUCCCGUCCUCUCGCACUUCUUCGAGCAGGACCUCUCGUCCUCCUUCCAGCUGCGUGCUCCGGCACCACAGCAGGAGUCGGCGCGCGAGGCACUCGCUACUCUCGCUGCUGUGGCAGUAACGGGGGGAGGAGGCGGACAGUCGACUGCACGUCGCGUGCGUGGAUUGCUGGGAGGUCUGCUGGGAGAGGUGGGCGAUCGUGUCGGCAAAGUGACGGGCCGAGAGACCCGCACUGGUCCGCUGCCUUCGUUCGGCCAGCAGACGCCCGCCAGUCUGGCCGAGAGCAGCACCUCGCAAGCAGCGCUGGGCGCCAAGACUGCUGCUGCAGCGUCAUCGUCGCUGGGACGCAGCGUGCAAGACGCCGAGGAGGACGUGCGCGCGGCGACGGCGCGGCUGGUGGAGCAGGCCGCCUCGUCGGAAGGCGCAUUCGUCAUUGACGAGGCGGUGGGCGAGGACGAGGAGGAUGAGGGAGACGACGACGAUGAGGAAGCGGGUGAACUUUCGCUUGCUGCGCUUGGCGGCGGCGAGGAGGAACAGGCUGGCGGACGCGAACAGCGCAUCGCUAAAGACCUGCGGACGGCUGCGGCGGCGCAGUGAGCUCCAUGCGACGUUGCCUCGUCCCUGCCGCGCCAUCAUGCGGCCGAGGCGGCCCAGUAAGAGCGAG